AAAUCCCCUUCCUUCUUCCGCAUUAGGUGUCUACGUCACUUUCACACAGCUACUCUGCUCUUAUGGUGGAAGAGCCUUCUUCGUACAAGAUGCUUACCGCCACCACGGUUGGACUUUUGAUAGUAGCUUGGAUUCAUCCAAGCUAUGCACUCUAUUUCCACAUAGGAGAGACGGAGAAAAAAUGUUUCAUCGAGGAAAUUCCAGACGAAACCAUGGUGAUCGGAAAGUACAGUACUCAGCUUUGGGACAAACACACCAAUUCCUUCCUCCCAUCCACACCGGGACUUGGAAUGCAUGUUGAGAUCAAGGAUCCUGACACAAAGGUCAUCCUGUCUCGUCAGUAUGGGUCAGAUGGUCGGUUCACCUUCACAUCUCAUACUCCAGGAGAGCACCAAAUAUGUCUGCACUCCAACUCAACCAAGAUGGCGCUGUUUGCUGGAGGCAAACUGAGAGUCCAUCUGGAUAUUCAGGUUGGCGAACAUACCAAUAACUACCCAGAAAUUGCAGCCAAGGACAAGCUGUCCGAGCUGCAGUUGCGUGCCAGACAGCUUCUUGAUCAGGUCGAACAGAUCCAAAAGGAACAGAAUUACCAAAGGUAUCGAGAGGAGCGCUUCCGUAUGACCAGCGAGAGCACCAACCAGCGCGUUCUCUGGUGGUCCAUUGCCCAGACGCUCAUUCUCAUCCUCACGGGCAUAUGGCAGAUGAAGCACCUCAAGAGCUUUUUCGAAGCUAAGAAACUGGUUUAGCCGGAGAGUGAAGACAAGCAGCGAUGGGGAGCGACAGACACAACACCUAUGGACAGACUUGAAUGACUGGAACCAAGACUUGCCACGCAAGAAUUUAGGCAGAGACUUUUUUGUUGAGUAGCGGCCAUGAAUGAAGACGGAAUGUGCAAAUUGAAAAAGGCAGUUGUCAUUCUUUUAUAACAGAACGACAUCUAAGUUGCCUUUCUUUUUUUUUGUUUUUUUGUUUCAUUCGAUUGACAAUACUGGGCAUCGUUUGGUUACGUGUAAAGCAGAUUUUAAGGUUUUUUUUUUGGAAAUGGCUUCUUUGGGGUUCUGUAACAAGUAUACUUUUAAGAAAUAUUCCCUUUUUCCAGCGUCUCAUUUCUUUUUGGAUUUGCACUUUGAGGCAACAAGCUGCAGAGUAAGGCAUUUAAAGGUUGUGGAGAUGUGUGAAAGACAAACAAGCCACACCCACAUUCAUAAACCACUACCGGUACAUAAUUAUUACUAUCAAUGUGUAAAUCCGUAUGCUUUGUCUGACAGCAUUUUAUUCAUUUUUUCCCAAAUAUUUCUAAACGUCACUAACUGGAAGACAAAUAAGCCACACCCACAUUCAUCAGCAACUACAUAGUUACGACUUUACAAUUACAUAAUAAAAAAA